CAAUUAUUCUACGGUGUUGCCAUUUACCGUCAUAUUUGUUCUAUAUUUAUCCUUGUAUGUGAAUAGGAAAAUGAGUAAUUUUUAAUAAGGAGGAUAAAUCAGUAAGCUUUUCAGAAGAAAAAUGGCAAACGGAAGACUGCAAGAAGAUAUCAACAAUAUACCUUUAGCUGACGACGAUCCUCAAGUAAUCAUCACUGAUGAGCCAGAUGGCAAUUCCAUAUCUGAAUGUAACUCGUCAAGUAUGAUACGUGGCCGUAGUAUGGAUUCCAUUCAGUCCACCUUUACAAACGGCAGUUCUAGUCCACACCAUCACAGUUUGGAACCCGACACUAGCCUCGACGAGCAGGAGGAAAAGGCUCGGUUAAUAUCUCAGGUACUCGAGCUUCAGAACACUUUAGACGACCUGUCUCAGCGUGUCGACAGUGUCAAAGAAGAAAACUUGAAGUUACGAUCAGAAAAUCAGGUAUUGGGGCAGUAUAUCGAAAACCUAAUGUCCGCCUCUAGUGUUUUUCAAUCGACAUCUCCGAAAAUAAAGAAGAAGUAAUGAAAAUGUUGUCGCGCUAUAUGCUUUCAAAGUAUAAUUGCCUUGUCGUAUUCUUGCACAAUUCUCUAAUGUAAUGUUUAUUUACCUCUUGUUAAACGACAGAUUUUUAGAUAUAAAUCUUUUAUAAAAAUCAAUUAAGUACCUUGUUACCUAUUGAGACACUUUAAAUGAUUUCUAGCUAGCCCUUUGACCCGUACUUAUCUAAGAACAAAUUGUCUUAAAGGGUUUAUGAUUACUAGUUUAUAAUAGAUUGUUUAUUGCAGUGAUUAUUUAUGUUUAAAAAAUGUGGCUGUGAGGCAAAUAAUGCAUCAUUUUGUUACGGUAUAGAUUCUAGUCAUAAUCUACGAACAGGCGCCGGUAUAGAGUAUUGGACACAUUGCCUUACGAUUAGGCCUUUUGCCCACAUCCACACCUCAGCAACAAAUCGUUCCAUUGCCAUAAACAAUCUGCCCUGUAGACUGUGCAACAUAAAAUAGUCUUUACUUAUAAGUUCACUAAUGUCACAUUCCGCCACCUUUCUUUAAAAUCGCCUUGCAUGUGAACCUUUAAGAUUAUGUAAUUAUAAAUUAAAGAAUGUGGCCUAGGCUUUUAGAAGUGUGGUGUAUUAAAGACUUUGUUAUAUAUGCCAUAAACACAGUCUAGUUGUAACAGAAUCAACCUUUGCUCGGCUAUAUUUGAUGUAAGUUGCAAUGUAGGUUAUCGAUAUUAGUAUUACAAAUGAUAUAUGGGUAUUUCCAAACAUGUAUUUCGGAAAACACGAUUGUGUU